UUUCCUCUUGUUUCAAUGGUCUGGAGGAUGGAGACCAAUUGUGCCUUGGGGCGGAGACUUUGUUUAAUCGAUAGUGGUGAAACUAUGUACAUUCAUGCACUCGCCCACACAGCCUUCUUUCCUUGCAAUCCCCAGAUUAGCAACAACUCUGCUAUGAUGGAGAUGCAAGCAUGUCCUGCAUUUGGACGACUCUGGACCGUGGGAGACGGUCAACCAUACGCCUGGUUCAAGGCACGAAACAUUUUCCCGGUGUUUGAUAUAUGGCGAUUGAAGCACCCAAAAAGGCUGUCAACCACUAGGGUGGUUGGAUUUGUGGCGGCUAUAAGUCCGUCCGCUUCAUGCCGGAGUGCGACAAUAGCCAGUUCACUUCAUGCGUCGAUUGAGGGUUGCUGGCUGGAAGGCCUUACGGUAUAG